ACCCGCAAUCGCCAAUACAGGACGAAUAGAAAGGCUUCACUUCACUGAAGGGAUCCUCGCCGUCGGUACCGUGGAGGUACAUAGCCACGUGGCUGUCGACAGCGCUUGUGAGCGGGCUCGACAGACGCCUUCCUUGUGGCUGAGGCCGAGGUCGAGUCCGAGCCAUCAUCCAUCCGAUCCUCAGAGUCACCACGAAGCUAUCAUUUCCUCACAAAGCAUGCAAAAUGACAGAAAGGCAUCAUACAAAGUACCCCCUGCAGCCAUCAGAGACACAUUGACCUCACAAGAACAUCGACGGAACAAAGCACUGGAAGAGCAAAAGCGGAGACGAGCCGAAAGAUUCGACUCCAGCCGUCAGCUCGACCUCUUCGCCGAUCUCACUCUCGGACCUUCAGACGACGAGGCGGACGAGGGAGAUGGCCAAGAUGGUCCGGAGAUAGUUCGUCAAGGCGUAUCACAUCUCGCCGGGAUGCUCCCCGCCGCGCGAGAGAUCUCCAGUGCUAAUAGCGGCGCGGCGCCCACCAGUGAGUCUGCAGUACCUGCUCCUCAGACGGCCGAAAUGCAAACGUCCGGAAAGAAGCGUGGAAAGAAUAAACGCAGGCCGAAGGCCGCACCUUCGUCGUCUGGGCCAUCGAGGCCACCGAAGCGUAAGCCCAGCCGGUGGGCGGACAAGUGCAUGUAUGCGGAGCUGCUCGAGAUGUCCGAAGUGUACGACGGCUACAAUGUCGUGUCCGAUGGCAUCCCGCACGAUAUCGAGACAGGAUGGGUGGCCGUCACUCCGGUUCCUGUAGGCAAACGCUGCCUCGCCGUCACACACCAGACAUCCGGUGUACCGGGCGUAGCUCCGAACCUAACGCUGCGCUCACGCGUUCUCGGCAAGCCGCUCAUGAAUGCAUUUCCAUCGCCCUUGCCGCCGCACACCGUUCUCGACUGCAUUCUAGACGAGAACUGGAAGGAGAACGGGAUUCUACACGUGCUCGACGUGUUGCAAUGGAAGGAGCAAGACAUCACGGAAUGCGAGACCGCUUUCCGGUUCUGGUGGCGCAAUACGCGUCUGUCAGAGCUGCCGGUGCACCCUCCGCCUGUCAAUGCUGUGGACCAAGAAGGGGGAUUCUCUGCGAGCGCCAUUGAACCGGGAGGCCACUAUCUCUUCCCCCACCCAGCCACGUUUGUCCCGGUACCAUACCACACCGACACGUCGCUCGCUCACCUCCUGCACGAACUCAUCCCUUUGACGAGGUCCUCGCGGAUGAUUUCAAUCACGAAGCCAGUCACACCCCAGCCGCGGGCCACCGAUAUGGAUCUGGACGUUCCAGCGCCCUUAAUUACCGAUCUCGAGACGGCGUCUGUAGAGAUCAAGAGCGACGGCCUGCUUCUGUAUGUCGCGCAAGCGACCUACGAGCCGGGGACUAGCCCUUUGAGCAGCUGGGUUCCGCUCCAGGCGUACACGCAGGCGGCUCCGGAGACCGAUAUGGGCAAGGGCAAGGUUGCACCGGAGAGUCCCUUAAACGUGUUCGAGAGCCUCGUGCGUAGGCGACUCGCUUUGAAGAUUUCGUCUGUGUUACCCGAAGUGACCAUGGAAGAGAGUCAGUGAAGAUGACUGAUGCGGUGCCCGCGCCGUCCCCGCAUUCGCUCGUUCGCCAAAUGUAACAGCUGGAAAAGACUACUUUGUCGGUCGGUCGGGUUUCAUGUAUUACUAACCAACCACGUCGUCCUAUCCUUCGCCAACACCUGCCUCGCUCUGCGUCAUCAACGACGUAUGUCAACCAGGCGCGACGAGCACAUUGGGCACGCUGGGAACAUGAGUAAGUCGUCCAACCCAACCUUCGUCCGGGUAAGUACGAGAUGAGCCUGGCCUGCGAACCUAAGGAGC